AUGGUUGUUGGCUCAGUUCUCGUCACGGGAGGAACGGGCUAUAUUGGCUCCUUCACGGCCCUUGCUCUCUUGGAGGCUGACUACAAGGUUGUCAUUGCCGACAACCUGUUCAACUCGUCCCCAGAGGUCAUCAACCGCAUUGAAUUGAUCUCCGGCAAGAGACCCGACUUCUUCCAGGUCGACAUCACCGACUCUACCGGCUUCGACAAGGUGUUUGCUGCACACCCCGACAUUGACAGCGUCAUCCACUUUGCAGCCUUGAAGGCGGUCGGUGAGUCGGGUGAGAAGCCCCUCGACUACUACCACGUCAACGUCUAUGGCUCGAUCAACCUUCUCCGUUCCAUGCAGAAGCACAAUGUCUACAACAUCGUCUUUUCGAGCUCCGCCACCGUGUACGGCGAUGCCACUCGCGUCCCGAACAUGAUCCCUAUCCCAGAGGAGUGCCCUCUUGGCCCUACCAACCCUUAUGGAAACACCAAGUUUGCUGUUGAGACUGCCAUCACGGACUUUAUCAACGCCCAGCGAAACAACGCCACCAAGGCCGGCAACGCUGACGAGGCUGAGAAGUGGAACGGUGCCCUGCUCCGUUACUUCAACCCGGCCGGUGCUCACCCAAGUGGUAUCAUGGGCGAGGACCCUCAGGGUGUCCCCUACAACUUGCUUCCUCUUUUGGCCCAGGUUGCUACUGGCAAGCGUGAGAAGAUUUUGGUCUUUGGUGACGACUACGCCUCUCGCGAUGGCACCGCUAUCCGCGACUACAUUCACAUUCUCGACUUGUCCAACGGCCACUUGCGCGCCCUCAACUACCUGCGCGCCAACCACCCCGGCGUUCGCGCCUGGAACCUGGGAACCGGCCGCGGAAGCACCGUGUACGAAAUGGUCAAGGCCUUCUCUACCGCCGUCGGCCGUGAUCUGCCUUAUGAGGUUGCACCCCGCCGUGCUGGUGACGUGCUGGAUCUCACCUCGAACCCAACCCGCGCUGGCAAGGAGCUUGGCUGGAAGACUGAGCGUACCCUCGAGCAGGCCUGUGAGGAUCUUUGGCUCUGGACCAAGAACAACCCUCAGGGAUACCGCCAGCAGCCCCCCGCUGAGCUGCUCGCGGCUCUGAAGAAGUAA